CCCGGCCCGGUCGACUUCACUGCCUCGGUAGAAUGGCGUGAACCGUCUCAACCUCCAACCAACUCAUCACACCCAACUCACUAUCAUCCAAAAACACAACCACCAAUCCAAGUAACAACAAUCAGCUUAGCACAAUCAUCAGUCCGAACCGCAGAACAUUUACGAACAACGAAGACCACACGGGAAGAGACAGGACGUCUGAAAUCUAACCGAGGAUAUAUCACUUUCCAUAUCGCUCAAAAUGGACUCGAUACCUGGCUUGGAACUAUUCAACUCGUAUGAACAAGAGUUCAACGAUCUCGUCAUCAGUAUCCGGAAUGCGCUGAACGUCGAGGCCAAGAACUCGGUCGGUGAACAGAGGAAGGCCGUCUUGAGGAGGGUAGAACGAGACUACGAAGAGGCCGAGGAAAUCUUAUCUCAGAUGGACGUCGAGUUACAGUCCCUCGAUAGAGCGCUCAAGCCGACUGUCAGUCAGAAGCUGAAAUCUUUUAAGAGCGAAUUGGCCGGCUUCAAAUCGCAAAUCAAACAGGCGUAUUCCCAAGCGACGAGUUCGGAGCUCAAUUCAGAUUCUCCUUACCAAGACGACUCCCAUCUGUCGAGCUCGACAAAGGCCCAACAAGCACAACGUGAACGGCUCUUGAAGGCCAACUAUCUCCUCGAAUCGAGCUCCGAUCGCCUCGAUUCUAGCCAGCGUAUCGCCCUCGAAACCGAGGAAUUGGGCUCGGGUAUCUUGCGUGAUCUCAGAGGACAGAGAGAACAGAUCGAAAAUACUCGCGAUACCUUGAGAGAAGCUGAUGGCCAUCUCGAUAAAGCUAGCAACACGCUCAAUAAGAUGAUCCGAAGGAUGUACCAGCAACGUGUGAUUUCAGGAGUGAUCAUUGCAGUCUUGAUUUUACUAAUCUUAUUUAUAUUAUACUCCAAAUUCAAAUAAUAUUAAGAAACAACUCCAGUCUGUACUUUUUAGGGUGUUAUUUAGGACUUCUAUAUACAUCUUUUGAGCUUAUCUUGACUCACCACAUAGGUAUCUUCAUUCUACACCCAGGCACACACAUAAUCACAGGUUACACAGGAACAAAUACCUGCAAAAGUUAGCCUGGUUUGUGAUGUGAUUUACAUCUGAUUUUGUUGUAUUUUUUAAUUACAUUGUUUUUUUUUGAAUUGGUUCUCAUUCUCCAUCAGCAAGUAACUUGCAAUGUCCUCUCUCUCUCAAAAGAAACUUGAAAAACUUUUUCUUUU